CGAUCACAUCAUUCACAUGGCGUCGGAGGUCCCCACUUGGUAUUUAUCAUGUGAUUCCAUCAUUACACACGAAGGAGUCCCGUAAACCAUUCUAUGCAUGACCAAGCGCGGCGCGAUUCAGCGACGUGUUUGGACGGGGAGCAAUUACACAGGUUUACGGACAGACAAGCCGAAAUGAAUGAGAAAUUUUGUUGAGAGCUCAGUUAAAGCGCACUGAUAAAUAAAAUAAAGUACAAUGUCGUCGCCAGGCGGCCAAGUCUUCGAUAACCUUGAUGGUCUCAUUGAAGAUCUCGAGACGGCCUCAACGGUGCCUGCAAAGCGCCGCAAGACAGGCAUCAAGUCAACGAUCGAGAAAACGACCGCGACGCUUUACGAGACGGGAGCCCUUCCCGACGAGCUCGCCCGCCUCGUAGACCUGCUGACCAUCCGCAACUUUCUCGACCAAGCCAGCCUCGGUGCUAUUGUCCGAAACCUGUACCCGUCGGGAAAGGUCAGCGAUGAGGUCGUCUUGCGAUUUCUAGGCGCCCUGGGCCACGGCCAGCUCAAGCCCUCGCUCUACCUCCAGGCCCUGUUCCUCCGAUGGCUUGUGAUGGUGUACCACUUGCUGGAGAAUUCGGCCGUUCUGUCGCAGGCGUAUGGCGUGCUGUUCAAUUUGCUCGAUACAGCCGCUAUCAGGCCACAACUGUGUCAUCUCCUGGCGCUGGUGACGAGGCGCAAGCAUGUGAGGCCAUUCCGGAUACAGGCCAUACUCAACCUGUCCCGGCAGACGAGCGGGGACCCCAAUCUGACGGGCCUUCUCCGCGUAUUCAAGAACUACUACCCAGAGGUUAUUGUCGGUGACAUCACAAAGGGACGAGCUGCAUCCUUCAAGCAUCCAGAUCCUCAAUGGCGGGCAAGACUCGACGAGAUCCAGAAGCAGCGCUCUGAGCGUGAAGCGGACCCUGCCAUCAGAAAUGGCUUUGCUGUCAGUCAUGACCUAGGUCGGCGGUUGAAGGGGACAAAACAUCUGUUUCCUACUGUCCAUACUAUGCAUGCCCAAGAGAGCUCCGUCACCUUGGAAGAGAUAGACAACGCCGAGUCCUUUGUCAAGAAGCUCGAGAAGAUUGAGCUGCCUACCCAGCUCGUGGCCGUCUUGGCGGACCCCCUUCUGCAAAAGCUGUUGCUCCUCCGGCCAGAUGCCGAGGGGUUCUCCCGCAUCAGCAACUGGCUAAUGGCCUGUUUGGGCGAUGUCGCAAGCGGAGAUGCGGAUUCCGACAUCUUUCUAGACAUACUGGAGGUCAUCCACGACUAUGCAGUUGCCACCAAUUCAUUAUCCCCUCUACUACUCACCUUCUUCGCACAGUUUCUGGAAGUUUGGGACGGCUCAAAAAAGCGGGAUGUGGUCGUCGAGACUCUGAGUUUCGCUCCGGUGAUGAAGUUCGAGGAACUGUACAGAAUCCUCCGAGUGUUGGAGCAGUCGAUGCUGGAUAACACGCCAUCCUCCCAAGUCUCGCUUCUGAGAUUUUACACGCUUCUUCUUCGGCGGUGGACAAUUACCAUGGAAGCUGCAGAGCGCCUCGAUGCCCUCCCUGCAGACACAGUUCCCAACCUUAUCGGUUAUGUCAACCAGCUCACACUGACUCUAACCCAAACCUCGCCAACAGUUGGGACUUUCCUAGAUAUCAUCGACUUCUACGAAGCCGCGGCAACGCUCUACUCCAAGCCGAAGCUCAUCGAGCACAUCGACAUCACCAUACCGCCUCCUCUACUCGUGUACCUCCUGUACUUCAGUCCCUCGCUCGCCGUGGUAUCCCGGCUGUGCGGCAUCCUCACCACGUACAAGCGCGCCUGGGAGGCCGUCAUGUCCCCGGCGGUGUCGCGGGGGCUGACACGGCGCGAGCGGGACCAGAUCAACGUGUUCAAUGGCUUCCUGAUGGAUCUCUGCAAUUGCCUGUGGCGGGGCCGCGCCUUUUCCACGACCGACGCCAACGCCCAAGGGUGCCGCAUCACGCAGCAGGCCCAGGCGUCGCUCGGGUCGUACCUCUCCGCUGUCGACCCGGACUUGGGUCUUGCGACGGCGUUUGGCUUGUCGCACUCUCCGUUGCUGUGUCUGCAGUCCAUUUCGCAUGUUCGCGAGUUGGAAGACGCCGAGAUGGCGACCAUCCGGACCAGACACGCUGGGCCCGUGACGGAGGCUUCGCUGGGACAGCUCGCUCAUAGGGGAGGCUUGAGGCUGUCGUGGCAGGAGUACAGGUCUGGCGUGCUGGCAUAUAUGGAGGCGAAGGGGUUUCCGGGCAUUCCCAACCUGAUGUACAACACCAUGAAAAAGCUCAUGAGCACGAGGCAGCACUGAAGGAGCAGGGGCUUUGUUAUGAAGAUACCCUACUUUGGUGAAAUCCUUCUGAGAGCCGUGCUGACAUUGGCUGUGUAUCUAGUAGUUGAAGGCAUCGUGAAUGCAAAUCUGACAGCCAUGUUGACAUCGGCUGUCCAUCUAUCAGUUGAAGUAUCCUCAAGG